UCAUUGGCAAUACUUUACAGUAGAGGGGAUCUGAAUGGCACUCAUAAUACAACACGUUAUUGACGUUCAAUACAAUACACACAACACAUGUACUCUAUUAUACACUGUAGUCAAAGCAUGUUUGACAUCUAGUGUCUGAUAAACAGGCAGUCAAUACAAACAACUGAUUUGAUUUGAUUUAUUGUGUCCACUAAUGGCCGGUCCAAGAGCUAACCUCAACUCCUUCUUAACUCAUUUCAAUGACAUCCAGUUUCAAAAGGAUGGCCAACGUAUGGCCACCGCUUUGUCCAUUAGACAGCGCGACGCUUUGCGACCACUUUUAGAUGAUAUCAACGAAACUCUUAUAUCGCGAUACAUCUUCUCGCCAUUUGAUGACUUAUUGAUUGCACAUUUAAAGUGUUGCAAAGCUCUGGUUAUAGACAACGACCCGAUUGAAGCAUUCAACAAUAAAUGUCAACUAAUCCAAGCUCUCAUCAAAGUAUUAAUUCAAUUGAAAGACGAGAACUGGAUAUUACCAGUGAUGUACAUAUCGGCAGUCGAGGUGAGACAGUUGGCCACUCUUGCAGAUAAUUACAAACAAACAUCAGGCGAAUCAUCAACUCAUGUCAAACCCGAUGAAUGUCUUGAAGAAGCGGCCUCACAGAUAAUGUCCUGUUUUAGAGUCUGCGCUAACGAUAACAGAGCGACACAAGAAGUGACAAAAAGAAAAGGAAUGAUUAAUCUAAUCAAUCAAUUGUUUAAAAUAUACUUUAAGAUCAAUAAAUUACAUUUAUAUAAACCAUUGACCAGAGCUCUUGAAAAUGCAAAUAUGAUGAAUCAAUUCAGUUUAGCACAAACUGUCACUUAUAACUACUUUACUGGAAUGAAAUCACUCUUUGAUUCCGAUUACAAGAAAGCCGAAGAAUUGUUGUCAUUUGCAUUCAACAAUUGUCAUCCCGAGGCCCAUAAGAAUCUGAAAUUAAUUUUAAUUUAUUUGAUUCCCGUUAAGAUGUUGUUAGGACACAUGCCUAGUGACCAACUUCUUUAUAAAUAUGAUUUACAAGAGUUUGCACUCGUUAUCAGAGCUGUUAAAGACGGUAAUGUCAGAGAUUUAGACGAAGCUCUUGAAACUAACGCUCACUUCUUCUGGAGUAAUGGUAUUUAUCUGAUACUCGAAAAAYUGAAAAUGAUUGCAUUUCGUAAUAUAUGCAAAAAAGUGUCACUAAUGGUGACCAGUCAUCAGAUUCCAAUCCAAGUGAUUACCACAGCCAUGAAAUAUCUAUACGACGAAGAGAUCAAUCUGGAAGAAGUGCAUUGUAUUCUUGCAAAUCUGAUAUUUGAGGGCAAAAUCAAAGGCUAUAUAUCAUUACAGCACCAAAAGCUUGUUAUAUCUAAACAAAAUCCAUUUCCAGCUCUUUCAUCCAUUACCUCAUAAAAUAGUUUAUAUAUAGUCAUUAUAUUUUCAAUUUUUAUUAGAAAUACCUGAUCCUAUUUGCUAUAUAUUGUCAUUGUUUUUUGUUAUAUAAUUUUUAUACUGUAUAUUACAUGACAGUACAUAGCUUUUUAUAGAUUGUCGGCG